AUGGGCGGCAUGAGCUCGACACCGUCAGAGACGCCGAAGAAGCCUACGUUGUACGACGACCACAGCAUUAACUGGAAGGUGUGGAAGGAGAUCCUGGCAGACAAGAGGUUUGAUUGGAUGACCUACGACCCUCCGCAGAAGAAGGCCAGCUACGGCGGACAGUUUCGCAAUUUCUAUUUCUUCCAACCUCGGGCGUGCAUUGGCUCGUACCCACCAUGCUGCAUUGCCCAAUGCAUGCAGUCUAAGCAUGGCUACAGGAAGAUUGAGAUAUCGAAGCCGGAUGAGUGGUUACCACAAUUUCUCGAGAGAGAGAAUGAGGACCUUCCGGUUUCCUUCCGUGGUGUCUGGUGGCUGGAGGACAACACGGCAAACGAAACGCUGGUCACUGUGCAGGACAUGUGGAAGAUCGAGGCAUUCGAGGGCAAGACAGUAUUCAUCAAGGACCAGUCUACCAACUGGACCGCGGGGACGAGCUUGUGGGGAACCAUGUUGAGGAACAUGUCGACGAACAAAGUCCCGUUUGAGCUCGAACCUGGUGAGAACCCAAAGUGGUUGGGCAUGCUUACAGGGGAUGACUACAUCUACUUCCUUGACGAGGAGGAUCAGGGGAAGCUGGUGCAUCCGGAUGGCAAGCCUGUCGACUUCGUGCCGGGUCUGACCUGGCUGAGGGUUUCUUGCAAGGAUGGCGAUGUCUCGAAAGGCGUUGCCUACCAGUACUUGAUGCGCAAGGUAGCAUUCAAGGAUCCAGACGGCAAGAUCGUCAAGACGCAGUAUUAUGAUAAGCUUUUGGAGCGAUGUGAGCGUCCGACCCCGGAGGGCUGUUGCUGCAACCUUUUUCUUUGCAACGUCGACGACGCGCGUUUCGCAGCCAGCUACGACGCCCUGGACGACCACCAACUCGUUGUCUGGGACCAGGACAAGUACCCGAAGGGACAACCUCCAAUCUCUUCACUCCUGCAUCCUCUAAAGCCUGCCUAG